UUUAAACGAAGUGGCAACCUCCACGUACUUUAUCUUUAGUGAGAAGAAUCGCUCAUCUCUAUCUGAUAGGCGACAGAAACAACACAAGUGCACGUGUAUUUGUUUACAAAAAUGUCUCGUAAAAAAUGGAGUUCCUUGGACAAACCACCAUUGUCGCAGCCGAUACUCGAUACCAUUCAAGAUUUCGGCUUCGAGCUGAUGACACCCGUGCAGACGGCGACCAUUCCAAUGCUGCUCUCCCGCAAGGACGUCUCCGCUGAGGCUGUGACUGGAUCAGGAAAAACGCUAGCGUUUCUUGUGCCACUUUUGGAGAUUCUACAACGCCGUCACACAGAAACACCCUGGUCUGGUAAAGAAAUCGGCGCAGUAGUCAUCUCACCAACUCGAGAGCUAGCGCGACAAAUAUCUGACGUGCUCGCACAGUUUCUGAUUCACCCGGAUCUGCGGCAUUUUCGGCAGCAGCUUAUUGUUGGCGGCAACAGUAUUGAAGAUGACAUAGCGAGGCUCAAACAAGAUGCACCUUGCAUUCUCAUCUGCACACCGGGUCGAUUGGAGGAUUUAUUUCAACGGAAAGGCGAUUUGAACUUGGCGGCACACGUUAAGAGCUUAGAGUUUUUGGUGUUGGACGAAGCAGAUCGAUUGCUAGACUUGGGGUUCAAGGCAACUGUUAACAACAUAUUAGGCUACUUUCCACGCCAGCGUCGGACAGGCCUCUUCUCUGCGACUCAGACCACCGAGGUGACGGAUCUGAUACGGGCAGGUCUGCGCAAUCCUGUUCUAGUCUCCGUUAAGGAGAAGGCCACCGUAAGCACACCAGCGCGUCUUCAGAACUUCUACAAAAUCGUCGAACCCGAUCAGAAGUUCUUGGCUUUGCUACAAUUCUUACGGUCCGCCAGUGCACGCGCCGGAAAAGUCAUGGUCUUUUUCCCAACCUGCGCCUGCGUCGAGUACUGGGCGGAGACACUGCCGCCGCUUUUGCCAGACCGUUGUGUUCUCGGCAUACACGGGAAAAUGAAAAACAAGCGCGCGAAUGUUGUUGAGCGUUUCCGCAAUGAGUCCCAGGCCGUCCUGCUUUGUACGGAUGUGCUAGCGCGUGGUUUGGACGUGCCUGAAAUCGACUGGGUAGUGCAGUGGGAUCCGCCCUCCAAUGCAUCCAGCUUCGUACAUCGAGUCGGUCGCACUGCACGCCAAGGCAACGAGGGCAAUGCACUUGUAUUUCUGUUGCCCAGCGAGGAUGCGUACGUAACUUUCUUAAAACUUAAUCAAAAGGUAGAGUUGAGUGAGCUGUCGGACAUGAGUGGCGUUCAGUCCGAUGCUGAACUGCAGAACGUAGUGGACAAGCUGCAUCGACAGCAGGCUGCGGACAAGGGUGUCUAUGACAAGGCCAUGCGGGCCUUUGUUUCCCAUGUUCGAGCCUACACUAAGCACGAGUGCAGCGCAAUUCUACGCUUGAAAGAUAUAGAUCUGGGCAAAAUGGCUACCAGCUAUGGGCUGCUACAGCUGCCACGCAUGCCUGAGCUGAAAAACUAUAAUUCCGAUGGAUUUAUUGAACCUAGUUUUAAGGUGGACUUAGCGAAGCUAAAGUACAAGAACGCACAAAAGGAGCAAGUGCGUCUGGAAAAACAGAAAACGUACGAGCAGACGGGAAGCUGGCCUGGCCAAAAGCAAUUCAAAAAACGUACCGAGUCUUGGGAUCAGACGAAAAAGGCUAAACUGGAUUCCAAAUCAAAAAAGGAGUUGCGUAAAGCGAAAAAGCAGCGAAAGCGUGAGGCUUCGGACAGCAACACUCUGGGCAAGCGGAAGCAAAAAUUCACUCAGGCUGAUCUCGAUGAGUUGGCCAGUGACAUACGGCUAUUUAAGAGACUGAAAAAGAAUAAGAUUAGCGAAGAGGACUUCGACAAGGCAAUGGGCAUUGAAGACAAUGGCAAUGAUUGAUUAAUCAUGAAAAUGGACCACUACAAAAUUGUUUUUAAUGUAUAGAUUGCGAAAAUGUAUGUUAGUCCAAAACUUUACAAAUAAAAAGAAAAGUUUCUUUUUUAAUUUAAAA